AUGACCUCCGCCAAAUCCACCAUUCGGAAAAGAGACAAACAGGACUGGCUCUGUGAUCGAGUCGCUGCGCCGUGGGGAACCAAUACGCCUGGGCCAGAUGCUGAAUGGCUCUUUCGCAAGGAGUUUGAAGUAAGGCCUUUUGCUCAGGCCAGACUAUUCAUCACUGCUCAAGGUGUAUAUGAGGCGGAAAUUAAUGGCCAUCGCGUGGGCGAUCACUUUAUGGCCCCAGGAUGGACAUCUUACGACCGCAGAAUUCAAUACCAGACUUACGACGUCACAGCUCAGCUGCUAAGUGGUCCUAACUGCAUUGGUGUCCGUGUCGCCGAAGGUUGGUUUUGUGGGCGUAUUGGUUUCGAAGGGGGCCACAGAAAUAUUUGGGGGCCUCAUCCAGCGCUGAUGGCUCAACUUGAGAUAUGCUUUGAGGAUAACACUGUCGCAAUCAUCCCUACCGACAGCACGUGGGCUGUCCAAAAAGGGCCCAUUCAAUUGGCAGAGAUAUACAACGGAGAAAAGUACGACGCAACUCGAGAGGUCCCAUAUUGGUCGACCAUUGUUCCUGAAGGCGCUGCCGAUGUUUCUCACGCCUGGCAGCCCGUUUACUGCAUGCCACCCUUGUCCGAGCAUGUCGAGCUCACAGCAGCGUUUGGUGAACCUGUGAGGCGAAUCGAAAUCAUUCAACCUACCCAACAACUUCUUUCUCCAACUGGAAAAUCAAUCCUUGACUUUGGUCAAAACUUGGUCGGAUAUCUCAGGCUAAGGAAUAUCAAGGGUUCUCGUGGUCACAAACUCAUUCUAUCCCAUGCGGAAGUUCUGGAAAGGGAGGAACUCUGCAUCAGACCACUUCGUCAAUGUGACGCUGUCGACGAAUACAUUCUGAAAGGUGACCAAGCAGGCGAAAGAUACGAGCCUCGCUUUACAUUCCAUGGAUUUCAAUAUGCCCAGAUCGAUGGAUGGACUAGUGACUGCAAAUUGAUCGACUCAGUCGAGGCAGUCGUAUGCCACACGGACAUGAAAGAGGCCGGCUCAUUUACAUGUUCUGACAAGUUGAUCAAUCAGCUAUAUCAGAACAUCCGCUGGGGAAUGAAGGGUAACUUCUUAUCGGUACCGACUGACUGUCCCCAACGCGAUGAACGCCUUGGUUGGUCUGGAGACCUAGCAUUGUUUGCUCCAACGGCAGUGUUACUAUUCGACUGCUAUGACUUUCUCAAGAACUGGCUUGUCGACGUGUGGUAUGAUCAGCAGACUCUGGAUGGUGUACCAGCCAUGGUCACACCAAAUGCGACACUCCCAGACCCCGUUUGGUGUCGCCGGAAGCCUUGUGCAAUCUGGCAUGACGUUACCAUUCUUGCACCAUGGGCUCUGUAUGAGGAGACUGGAAAAGUUGAAAUACUGGAACAGCAGUACGAGAGCAUGUCAACCUGGAUGCAAAAGCUGCCGAGAAACAAGGAAUGUUGCACUCACCUCUGGGACACCUCUAUUUUCCAGCUUGGGGACUGGCUAGAUCCAGAUGCUCCGCCCGAUGCACCUUGGAAGGGCAAAACAGACGCACAGCUGGUAGCCAAUUCAUUCUUGAUUCACAGCCUCGAGCUGAUGACUCGAAUCACACACCUUCUACACAAGGAUGAAGAGAAAGCGGAAUUUGAAAAAGAGUUCGAAGCUGCAAAGAAGGAAUUUCAGGAAGAAUACGUGACAUCCAAUGGCCGCCUCGUAUCCGACAGCCAGGCAGCUUAUGCCAUCGCGAUAUGUUUCAAUCUCCUAACACCCACACAGCAGGAGCGAGCCGGAAACCGCUUGGUCUAUCUCGUGCGCAAAAGCAACUUUCGCAUCGGUACCGGUUUUGCCGGAACCCCGUUCCUGUGCGAGGCUCUUGCUUUGACUGGUCAUAUUCAAGUUGCCUAUGCGAUGCUCCUCGAAAAGAACUGCCCUUCAUGGUUGUACCCAGUAACCAUGGGUGCUACUACCGUGUGGGAGCGCUGGGAUAGUAUGCUGCCCGAUGGGUCGAUCAAUGCUGGAGAGAUGACUUCGUUCAACCAUUACGCAUUUGGGUCAAUCGCAAAAUUCUUGUACGAGAGGUUGGCAGGUUUGCAGAGACUAGAGCCUGGGUGGACAAAGUGUCGUGUCGCGCCUUGUAUUGGCGCGGAAUUUUCGGAGGCAUCUGCUUCCCAUGAAACUGCGAUGGGUCUUGUGUCUUGUUCGUGGAAUACUACUGAUUCCGAUGGAAAUAAAAGUCGUUUAGGGGUCAGAGUCAGAAUCCCACCGGGCAUGACGUGUGAGAUUGUUUUACCUGAGGGUUCAGGGGAGCUGCGGAAGACUGUUGGUGCAGGCGGCUGGGCCUUUGAGACUGCUUUUGUAAGAGACUACGAGUGGCCUGUGAGGUCUUUGCCUCCCAAGUCUUGA